AUGUUGCGUGUAUUAAUCUUCAGUAUUCUCGUCUCAACCCCAGUUAUUUUGGGCCAACAACGCGGACGUUGUCCUAAUAUCCCUGGACUACCUAGAGAUAUUUAUAGAGCGCCUGGAAUCUGGUACUUGCACAGUAAAAGUACCAACGACUACGAUGACAAAAUGAAAUGCGUGCGUAUUGACUGGAGCCAACCUAAGGGAUUAAACUUUACAUUGAGCAUUAACGGCAUUUCGACGAUAACCAACGCUCCCACGUCAAUUGUCAUAGAAGGUAGGGACGGCAGUCCGACAUUUAGAAAUCACGUGCCUGUUUUAGGAGAAGUUGACGUCGAUUAUUAUAUCCUCGGUCAUAAUUACGCCAAAUGGGCCAUUUUGUAUUAUUGCAAUGAAAAAUACAACUCCCACAUUGAGCAAGCUUUGGUAUUAACGAGACAAAAAUUCCCGGAUCAAAGAGGACUUAAUCAAUUUAUAGAUGAAUCCUAUAAUUAUUGGGGUCUACGGAAGCCACAAUUCAGCCGAAUUGUCCAAAAUUGUCGGAAUUAA